AUGCCCUUGGAGCAAUCGGAAUCGCAGGAGCUUGAGCAGCAUGUUGAAGAUCCUAAGACGGCCGAGAACCACACCGAGGAAGAACUGAAUGGAACAAAUACUGACGAUGUCGUUCGCAGUGCUCGAGCAGGUGAAGAUACUGCCGCUGCAAGUGGAAAUGCGUUGAAACUAGCGUGGACGUUUGGCUUCCAGAAAGACUUGAUCAGUGGGGUGCAUAGUUUGUCAGCUGGAACUCGCCGUGCUGUGUUCUAUGCAGCAGCACACACGGGUGUCAUCUAUGACUACGCUCGUCGCCAGCAACGACUGUUACAAGGCCAUUGCCACCCUAUUUCCUGCUGUGUUGUCAGUGAGGACAAACGCUGGGUUGUCACGGCUGAUCGCGGCCAAGAGUCAAUGCUCGUAGUGUGGGACGCUCAGUCGGGCAACCCAAUUCGAACUAUCUUUCGACCGCAUGCCAACGGUGUCCAAGCUAUCGACAUCUCACCAGACGCGCUCUUUCUCGUUACUUUGAGUGCCGUCGACCGUGACGAUGAAGAUGCUAGUGAUACUAGCAAGAGCAAAACCUCUCGUAAGCGGUUCGAUCAAGAGUUAGCGGUAUGGGAGUGGGCAGCUCCAGUUAGUGGAGCUGCAGUCUCCAAGCCUUUGUACUCGUCCCUGGUAGCCACAGAGGACGUGCAGCACGCUGUGCGGUUCAACACCUACGAUGUUAGGGAACUAGUCACUACCGGUCGCCAACGUGUCAUCUUCUGGAGCUGGGCGGCUCGCACUCUGCUGUUCUACUCUCCUUCGCUGGCACAGAAAGACUUCCGCCAGAUUGUUGGUGCCUUCACGCAGUCACUCUUCGUACCCGACUCAGCUCAAGCUCUUACAGGUACAGAAGAUGGCGAUCUUGUGCUUUGGGAUGCAGUUCAAGCUGAUACCGACGCUGAGACUGCGUCGACCAGCUUUCCUGAACGUAAAGCAGUCAAGAUCGUACGUCUUGCAGGCGGGGCUGAGCCUCAACAUAAAGUGGCUCUAACUGUCAUUGUCGACAUGGAUGGCUAUCUAGUUAUCGGCUCAAGUGAUGGCGCUGUACGCUUCUACGACUUCGACUUCCGUUUGGUCGCUUGGUUUGAAGAUAUGAACGCUGGACCAGUCACAAGUGUGUCGUUCGCUCUACCAGCAAGUGCAACAAACGAAGGUGAACACGUCAACGAUACACACCAAGGAGAUGAUACCGAUGAGGCUUUCCACGUUCCUGACUUUAUCGUAUCGACAGCGUCUGCAUUCAUCGUUGGGAUGAGUGCGACCUUGUUUGGAGAGCACGAACCGGAUCGAAGACGGGGCACACUGCUUAUGCAGGGCAUCAACGACUCGAUCCAUGGUCUUGCAACACACCCGAGACUUCCUCAACUCGCACUUAGCUCGUACUCAGGAGUCGUGCAGCUCUGGGACUACUCAGCUAAGCGCCUUAUCAUGGUCCGGCGCUUCGACUCGGAGAAGUUGCGUCCACAGUGUCUUACAUUCGCUCGCGAUGGGCGAAAACUAGUCGUCGGCUUUACUAGCGGAAUCGUCAAGGUGCUGCACGCUCAUCGACUGGAUGAUCUGGCCUCGUUUCGUCUUGGGAAAGCUGCAAUUACCGACGUGUUAGUGAGUCCGGAUUCUUCGCUUUUUGUUGCUCUGGAUGCCAACUUGUUCCUCGGAAUGUGGCGCGCUAAGCAAGUUACAGCUCACUCUGAUGGCUCCGAUGGUUCUGAUGAAUGGGUGUAUCUUGGACGCUGUCGAGCGCAUUCCAAGCCAGUGACUGGGCUGGAGUUUUCGCGGGACGGCGACGGACAACCAGUUCUUGUCUCUGUGAGUGAGGACCGUACUCUAGCUGAGUAUUGUCUCGAGCGUUCAAGUAUCUUGGAUGGUGUGGUGCUAAAGCAAGCUCCUACUCGCGUAGAGCUCAGUGCUGUACCUACUGCGUGUUGUUGGCAUCCUGAGCUACGCGGAGUGCAAGAAGAUCUGGUUAUAGUCGCUAAUGACGAGUACAAACUCAAACAGUGGAAUACUGGCAACCAAACCUGUCGUAAAACAACGCUGGGUCCAUCGUACGGUGGACCUAUCAACAGGUUGGUGCCAGUUCCACUUCGAGAGGAUGACCAAAUAGCUGCAGAGACAGCAGGUGGAAUUGCCGAGCGAUAUUGUGUCUAUAGUACCCACGAGAAAGUUGUCGGACUACUGAAGCUUCCUCUUGAUGGGAACCCACACAAAGCCAUGGGUCUCAUUGCACAUCCAGGCAAGAUCAGCAACGUGGACGUGACGUUCGAUGGCAGUCACUUGCUCACUGCUGGGGGCGAUGAUCUAGUGGUCAACAUGUGGGAGAUUCAUCCUCAUCAACUGGACUUACUGGAGGCUCGAGGUACCCCUCGAAAUCCUGAAGUGUUGGAAAGUGAAGACAAUGCGGUGGAAAAUGAGCUGGACGAAGACGAUGUGGCUCUAGCGCCGUACCUAGCGCUCCUGGAAGGUGGUCGCGAUGGGUCAUUUUACCAUGAGAUUGUAGAUUAUUUCUACCUGGCUCAACUUCGUGUCCAAGGAGAAGAUUCUACUAGUGCUCGGGAGAUCACGGCUCAAAUUCCGCUGCGAGAGAUACCAAAUGUGAUGCGAGCGCUGGGAUUUUACCCCACGGACGAGGAAAUUCAGCACAUGGUGAGUGAAGUACGCUAUUCACGCUUUACCGAGACGUCUCGACCGGUGGAGAGCAUCGGUCUUCACGACUUCAUCAAGUUGUACGUGAACCAUCGGCCGGUUUUUGGGGUUGGCAAGGCACAGAUCGAGCGUGCUUUCAAGAUCCUAGCGUCGGUGGAUAGAGGUGCUGGCGAUGACGAAGAUGACGGCUUAGCAUCGUUGCGAUGGGAUCAAAUUGAAGCUCGUCUGUUAAACUCUGGCGAACCCAUGAGUGAAGAAGAGUUGCGAAGCUGUCUUGCAGCAUUGCUUGCAACUGGAGACGAGAACGGUGGACUGGCCAUGGAUCCGCAGUACACUGCACUCAGCUUUGCUGAUAAAGUUCUAGGAUUCGACGACUACGAGCAGCCAGAAGAAGGAGAGAGCAACGUUGUGUAAGUUUAACGAACAAGCAGUUUCUUAUGCUUUACACUUAGAUUGUAGCUUCGUCAGCGAGGCAUUGAUAGCCACACUGUAGUUGUCGGUCAUGUUCAUCGUGUUCGACCCAGAGAUCAUCUUGGGGUUGUUCUGAGACCG